AUCAUCAUGAGUGUUUGUUGUAGCUUUCAGUGGCGUAUACGUCAUUUCAGAGGGACUUAUUACACACCUUUAUGUUUUAAGAAAAAUUAUGGGGAAUAAUACCAUUCGAAGUUGUCAAUAAAGGGAUCGCAAUCAAGAUUCGCCCAGAGCUCAAAUAGCCUACACAUCAAUCAAUUGAAUAACGCAUCAAUCGGCAGCGGCUGGGACUCAAAAGUGAUAAUUGGAUCAACGUUGUGAAGAAGCUGCCGAGAUGACGGCCGUUCUUGAUAUCAAAUCAGCGUUAACUUUGAUGAAGUCCGAAAAAUUGGAUUAGUCGUGGCUGAACGACGAUAUGGAUAACCUACAGCUGGGUGGGUUUUCCGUGCAUCGGCAAGAUAGAACAGCUGCCUCUGAUGUGGACUUCAGCGACGUGCCCCUGCUCACCCCGGGAAGCAGGGAGAUGAUGUCACAGGCCCUAAGGGCCACGUUUAGCGGCUUCACCAAGGAGCAACAGAGACUGGGCAUGCCCAGAGACCCCAGGCACUGGUCAGAGAGCCAGGUGGGCCAGUGGCUGCUGUGGACAGUGAACGAGUUCAGCCUGAAGAGCGUGGACCUGCACUGCUUCCGUAUGGCUGGGGUAAGUCUCUGUGCCCUGGGGAAGGAGUGCUUCUUGGACCUGGCACCUGACUUUGUGGGGGACAUCCUGUGGGAACACCUGGAGAUGAUGCAGAGAGAUGUGAGGCAUUUCCCCGUCAAUUGCUUGAUGCCCACAUUCCAGGAGUCCCGGUUCACUUAUGACUACUUUGCCAACUAUGGAACUGAACGUGCCCAGUGCAUCCUUCCAUCGGACAACUCAGAGCCAGGCUUCAUCACAGAGUCCAAUCAGACACUUCUACCAACCACCUGUGAGGACCUGCUGUCAAUCAAGACUGAGAACGGACAUUCUACUGGCCCACUGGGUCCUAAGCAGGGGGACUACCUCACCAUCAAACAGGAAGUGGUCUCCCAUGACAACUUGUGCAUGGGGCAUGUCAUUCGAGGUAAAAUUGGGGGCCAAGAAUCCUUUGAGAGUGUGGAGAGCCUAGAGGCUUGUGAGUGUCUCACCCAGUCCUGGGGCAGCCACUCCCACUUCUGCAGUCUGCACCGCGUGCCCUCCUACGACAGCUUUGACUCAGACGACUACCCGGCCACACUGCGUGACCACCCAGCAAAAGGCACCUUCAAAGACUAUGUGAAGGAGCGCAUGGACCUGACCAAAGACAAGUCUGUCAUACCGGCAGCGGCUCUUGCGGGAUACACAGGAAGUGGUCCGAUCCAGCUGUGGCAAUUUCUGUUGGAGCUCUUGACCGACACUUCCUGUCAGUCGGUCAUCAGCUGGACGGGAGAUGGCUGGGAAUUCAAAUUGACCAAUCCCGAUGAGGUGGCUAGGCGCUGGGGCCAGAGGAAGAACAAGCCCAAGAUGAACUAUGAAAAGCUGAGCCGCGGCCUGCGCUACUACUACGACAAGAACAUAAUCCACAAGACGUCUGGCAAGCGAUAUGUCUACCGCUUUGUCUGCGACCUGAACGGCCUUCUGGGAUACAGCGCAGAGGAGAUUCACACCAUGCUUGACAUGAUGCCGGACACAGGAGAGUGAUGUGGGUGUGGUCUGGCACCACCAGGUAACAUACAUGCUUGUGUAGGACAGGGGUUGCCAACAGGUUGCCCAUGGGCCAAAACCGGCCCUCAAGUGAUUUUUUUUUUGGUUGUUGUGAGGGGGCUCCCCAAAGUUGAGUUUUUAGAGGGAUUUUAGUUUUUGGUCAAAAAAGACUGAAAUCACCAGGAUUUCAGAAAAAAAGGAGACUUUAGGAAAUCUGUUCCCAAGAAUUCCAUAAAAAAAGAUGUGAUUGUGUCUCAAUGUAAUCCUUAUUAUGUUCUGGCAAAAAUCAUCUCAAGGCUGAAUCUAGUUGCCUACCGCUGUUGUAGGAGAUCAUGAUGAAAGCAUUUACAAUCACAAAAAAAAUAUACAUAAUGCAAAUACAAUAAGACUCCUGUCAAGUUGCUGAAGACAAUGGAAGCGAGUUACUUGGAAAUGGACAUGGCCAUCACCCAAGGAGGUUAGAUCAUUUUAUUCAAAUGGAGCACAUGGUAAAAGAAAUGUACCCUUUGGGACCUAAGACUGGUGUUUUUCUGUGUUACGUAAUUGUUCUCUGGAAACCACAUUGACAAUCCACAGCCAUUUUAGCAGCCAAGCAUUGGGCUUUUUGUGUCAGUCUCAAAGCAAUGACUCUACUCUUACACAAGGGGCUACUGAAGUCCUUUUUAAUUAAUUAUUUGUUUGAGGACUGCUACAGACAUCCAGGGUAUGGAGGGCAACACUAGUGCUCUAUAUAUCUAUCAAUGCCACCACUGUCAUGUUUCCACCUGCCAAAAAUAUGCUAAAUUUGUCAUAUUUCCCUGACCAAAGACAUGUAUUUUUUUUAUACUGCACAAGCCAUAAUUCACUGUCUCGACAUGCUUUGUCAUGAGUUCCUCUAAAUGUGUUAAGAGCUUUCACAUUUCGACUGGGUUGUAUUCACUAGAAAAUUGAAGAAAACGGACCGACACGGGAGGGACUACCUGAACCUGUCCAAUAAGAAACUAAUUUGUGUUGCAAAACUUUUUGCUACAGGUUGUUGCGGUGUGCCCUAUUGAAUAUAGUUAGAAAGGUGUGAAGUACUCUCAUAUUUGAGGGAACCAAACCCUACAACCAAAUGCUAUCGCAAGUUCUAUAAAUAGAAGUUCCAAAAUUAUUUUACAGCAUUUGUUUAUCUUUUUUAUAAUGUAACAAAGUUUUGUAUAAUUUUAAAGUUUUUUAAUUUAUUUUUUAAAUGAGACAGCUGGUUCUAUGCGUGGGUCUGUAUUCAUCAAGCGUCCCCGAGUAGGAGUGCUGAUCUAGGAUCAAGGAUUCCCUUAAAUUAUUAAGAAGAUUACAUUGAGAGGGGCUGGCUGGCUGAUCCUAUAUCAACUCUUAAUUUGAGACUUUGUGAAUAUAGGAUAAAAAAAGGUGGCAGUAUCCUCUUUCUUUCUUUAUACAAACACGAUUUCUUGGGCUGAGCCUGGCCUAUCACUGAACAUUAAGAGCAGAGCUUUUAUUAUGAUUGUACAUGAGAAUGUUGUAUACCAAACAGUAUAAACAAAACUGUUGUGGGUCUCCUAUUUUUACUCCUCGCAUACACACAAAUGCCCAUGCAACACACAGAGCUAAAAAUAGCCACAGUUGAGUAGCGGCUAGACCGACAUCAUUGCCAAACGUGGGGCUGCUGGACAGGAAAUUCCACCUGAUACAUGUGUUAAAUGUAGCUGUGAGUAAAGAAGUGAUGUAUUGUCCAUUGUUUUGCCCCUGUCCCUCUGGAUUACAUGCUUAGUCUUUGCCCAUGUGACAUUCUAGGCCUAAGGUAUUGUUACGGUUUUCUUCAGG